AUGAACCCUUCGGGCCCCUCCUAUCCCAUGGCGUCGCUCUACGUCGGCGACUUGGCUCCGGACGUGACGGAAGCGAUGCUCUUCGAGAAGUUCUCGACCGCCGGACCCGUGCUGUCCAUCAGAGUGUGCAGAGAUAUGAUCACAAGACGCUCUCUCGGCUACGCGUACGUCAACUUCCAACAGCCGGCAGACGGUAAGUGUCACGUGACGGACGCCGUGAUGACGUCACGCCAACUCUCACCGAAGGCCGUCUCGAAGACGGCCCGUGACGUCACUGAGAGUUGGCAGUCUGAGCGUCGCGAUUGGUCGCCAGGCGUUGACUCACACUCUGUGUUCAUUGCAGCCGAGCGCGCGCUGGACACGAUGAACUUCGACGUGAUUAAUGGGCGGCCCGUGCGCAUCAUGUGGUCACAGCGCGAUCCCUCGCUGCGCAAGAGCGGCGUCGGCAACAUCUUCAUCAAGAAUCUGGACAAGAGUAUUGACAACAAGAUCAUGUACGACACGUUCUCCACGUUCGGCAACAUCCUCUCGUGCAAGGUCGCGCAGGACGACGAGGGCAACAGCCGGGGGUAUGGCUUCGUGCACUUCGAGUCGGAAGAGGCGGCGACGAACGCCAUCGCCAAAGUCAACGGCAUGUUGUUGAACGGCAAGAAGGUGUUUGUGGGAAGGUUUGUCCCCCGCAAGGAGCGCGAGAAGAACAUGGGCGAGCGCACGCGCCGCUUCACGAACAUCUACGUGAAGAACUUGAGCGAAGAGUACGACUGCGACGAGAAGUUGCGCGCGUUGUUCGAGCCUUAUGGGGAGAUCUCGUCGGCCAAGGUCGUUCCCGACGACUCCGGGAAGAGCAAGGGCUUCGGCUUCGUGUCGUUCGAGGAGCCCGAGAUGGCGGAGAAGGCGUGCGACGACUUGAACGGGAAAGAGCUGUCCUUACCCUUCUGCGACAAGCACCCCGCGCGCGUCUUCUUCCGGCUCGCGGUCCGGCUCAACGCCGCGUUCAAGCUCAACCUGGACGACCAGAUCGACGACGAGCGCCUGCGCAAAGAGUUCGCGCCGUUCGGCACAAUCACGUCGGCGAAGGUCAUGACGGACUCGACGCUGCGGUCGAAGGGCUUCGGCUUCGUGUGCUUCUCGACGCCGGAAGAGGCGACGAAAGCGGUCACAGAGAUGAACAACAGGAUAGUUGUGACGAAACCCCUCUACGUGGCGCUCGCGCAGCGCAAGGACGAGCGGCGCAUGCACCUCCUGUCCCAACACGUGCAGCGCAGCGGCGGCAUGCGCGUGCAGACGCUGCCCCAGGCCGCGCCCUCCGGCCACCACCACCCGCACCACCACCACCACAACCCCCAACUCCCCGCCGCAGCCUUCAUGGCGCCACCGGCGGCGCUGCUCGGCGUCCAACAGCCCAACCAAUCAGUCGCCGGCGCUACCGUUGUUGGCUUUCCCGGCGUCGGAAGAGCGGCCCCGCCCUAUGGGUCGAGCUAUAGGCCGCGCGGCGGAAUCGGAGGACAGGUUCCACAGCGCGCGCCAAUGCCACGACAGAUGGGAGCGCCGGGCGGCAGAGGCGCGCCGAGGGCGCCGUCGCAGCCGCGGGCGUCGUUCGCGCCGCCCAAGUUCCAGCCGCAGCGCUUCCCCCAGGCGGGCAUUAGUGUGCCGGGCCAGGAGCCGCUGACCACUCAGAUGUUGGCCGAAGCGAGUCCUCAGGAGCAGAAGCAGAUGCUGGGCGAGCGCCUCUUCCCCGUCAUCUCGGCCAUGCAUCCGGAUCUGGCGGGAAAGAUCACGGGAAUGCUGUUGGAGAUCGACAACUCGGAGCUGUUGCACAUGUUGGAGCAUGGGCAGUCGCUCAAGGCCAAAGUGGACGAGGCGGUGGCGGUGUUGCAGGCGCACCACGCCAAGGAGAUGGCCGCGAAGAAGGACUGAGCGCGCGCCGAAGACAAUACACAAAAAAAUGGAAAAA